AUGUGGCAGGCAUCCGAAUCAGCUCCAUGUCUCUCUUGGCGCGCAUCUCGUGGAAGGAUGGGAGGCCCGCGGAUAACUCAAAGAGUCUUCACGCAGGCUUGGGAGGAAGACGCAAUCUCCCUGGACUUUUAUCGUACCUAUUACUAUGCAAACCAGUCCUUUUACGUCCCCAAGAAAUUCUUUGCGAGCAUCUACGAGCUCAAGAACGAGGAGCUGCUUGAAUGCAGUGAGUGGGAAGGUCUUUGGGUUGGUACUUCAAUUCGAAUCUCCAACUGGGUUGAGAAGUACAUCGGCAUCUCCGGUGACAUGGAUGGCAUUGCUCAGGGUGAACAAAUGCAGUUUCCCAGAUGCUCUGAGGGCUAUUGGUGGCUGGCGCCCGCCUGCCGUGGCAGCCCGCAGAUGUGCAUCCCGGUGCUGAUUGAAAACCGUAGGGGCAAUGUGUUCCUGGAGUACAUGCAGAAGGCCGCUGCCUGGCGCUUGCCCUGGGCCAUCAGCUUUGCAAGCAACACUCAGUUUCGCACACGGUUGAAUGAGACGCCCGUGAUUUGGAACCACCAGACUCCGGCAGCUGACUACUUGAACUUGAAGCCGGUCCUAGUGCAAUUUCCCUCGUUCAGCAAAGAGGUGUACGAGCAAGGCCUCAGGAUCAACGAAGAGCCAGCAUGGCCAUAUAGCAAGCUGGUCGCACGGGACCUGGAACGCUGGCUUCCUGAUGUUCGGGAAAUGCUGCAAAAGUCUUGGUGGACGGUGGACGAGGCUGAGAAAUUCCAGCUGGAGUCCGUUGAGACCUCUGAGGGCUUUUACCCCGAUGCUGAGGAGGUGGCCUGCAGUUGGCUGCGCAACACCCGGGACAGGUGGCGCCACUGGAUUCCCUCCAAGUCCACCUGCUUUGCCGGCCAGGGGCUGUUCGACCUGUCCACCAAGACCUUCCAAAGCAACCGCUCGGAAGACUCGGUCUGUCGUACCUGCUUGCCAGGCACGCACUCUUUUGGCAUCUGGGAUGAGCUUGGCAGCACCGCAGAGUGCCGGCCCUGCUCGCCGGGGCUCAGCCAACCCUCUGUGGGCAGCCGCGAGUGCACGCAGUGUCCGCCAGGGACCUUCUCUGCCAACCUUGGCGCCGUUGUGUGCGAGGUGUGCCCGCAGGGUGCAUUUCAAGACGGGUUCGGCCAGUCCUCAUGUGUCCAGUGUGCGGAGGGGACCACCACUCUGAUCCGCGGCGCCACACGCAGUGAGGAUUGCGAGUGCUCUCCGGGUUUGUACCUGCACAAUAUCACGACGUGCCGAAUAUGCCCCAAGGGGCUGGAGUGCGCUGGUGGCUACACUUCGCCCAAGCAGCUGGCAGGUAUGUACGCUGAGCUUCACGACGGCGGCUUUUCGGUGUUCCUUUGUAAGGACCAGCAGCACUGUCCCAAAGGGCCACCAGGGACCUGCGCGCCUGGCCGCGUUCGGCGGGGGUGCGGCAGUUGCAGCGCGGGAAGACAGGCGAGCGCUGAUGGAAGCUGCGCGGAGUGCGAGCCUUGGGCGGUUGGGACCUGGCUUCUGCUGCUGGCCAUGAUGGGAGCCGGUCUGAAGGCCACCAAGUGGAUUGGCAAGACAAUCCGGAGAGCCGCGCUCACGGUGGCCGUGCUGGGCGUCAUCUUCGGCCAGGUGGUGGUUUGCAUGCAGUCCGUGGAGGCCAUCGCCCAAUUCUCCUUGAACCUGACAGAACCCGCAAAGACGCUCUUGGAGAUUCUCUCAGUCUUCUCCCUGAACCUCGAACGGUUCCACCUUUCCUGCUUUUUCAGCACGGAAUCUGCAGUUAUGGAGUACAGCGUCCAGCUGCUCAUCUACCCAGUCUUCUUUGUGGCGACGAUUCUCUUUUGGCCUCUUUUCAGAUGGAUUUUCCGGAUGCCGAUGCCUUCCUUCAACGAGUACUUCGCCCUCCAUGGCAUGCUCCUGGUGGCGUUGCUGACUUCCUUGACGCUGAUCGUCCUCCAGCCGCUCCAGUGUCGCGGGAAUCCCAACGGCUUGAACACCGUGCGGGCGCGGCCAGAUGUGACCUGCUGGACUAGCGAGGAGCAUACUGUCAUGGUGGCCAUGUCAGUUGCCGGAGUGCUGGUUUACCCUUCUGCCACUCUUGCCGCCGUAGCCUUUUGUACAUGGCAGUACCCCAUUUGGUUGAAGUCUCAAGCGGGUUUGCAACACUUCGAUGCUUGGUCCUUCUUGUUUGGUCGCUUUCUUCCGCAGAGAUUCUACUUUGGACUUCUCUUGUGCAUCGUCAACCUCGUCACCGCCUUGAUUCCUAUCAUGAUGGUUUCUGCUCCGGCCCUACAGGUCGGCAUGAUGGCUGUGGUGCUCUGGUUCAGGCAGGCCUCGCAGUGCCUUCUCUGGCCUUGGCGCUACAAGUUGGCCAACUACAACGACCUCGCCCUAUCGGCUGGCACGCUUUUGCUGCUGAACUUAGUUUGUCCCUUGCUCAUCAUCGACGAUCAAGAUGCAACUCGCCUGCUGUCCAUCCUCAUUUCCGUGAGCUUCGUAGCUUUGCCCUCGUGCACCUGCUUUGCGGGCAUGUGCUCCCUCUCUGCGAUGCACACGGCGGAGCAGUUCGACAUGUUCCUUUGCCAUCACAAGUCCGGCACCGGCGCGUUCUGCCGGCUUAUGGCGCUCACCUUGAGCAGCCACACCAACUGCAAGGUCUUCCUGGAUUCGGACUGCUUGGAGGACGUGACCACCAUCUUCGACACCAUCCGUUUUCGCUGCAGGGCGCUGGUGGCGGUGCUUUCCCCCGACACCCUGCUGCGAGUGUGGUGUGUGGCGGAGAUGACCACGGCCUACAGGAGCAAUAUCCCAGUGCUGCCCCUCUACUGCGAUGACUUUGCCUUUCCCUGCGAGGAUGGCCUGAACCAUCUCGAGUCCAGCUGGACCGAGGGGCAGCUGGAGAGCCUGAACAGCCACGGGCUGAGAAUGGAGUAUGUGAAGGAAGCGCUGCGACACAUCAGCUCCUAUGCGCAUUACACUGUGAAUCGGAAGGACACCCUGACCAACCAGCAGGCGAUGAUUCUGAAGCUGGCCGAGCCCUUGAAUCUCAAGUGGAUCAAAGCUCGUGAUCUUACGAGCAUCGCGUCGAGGUUUUCGGGCUCCUUCUCAUCCAAGCUCUUCACGGAUGCUUCAGAUGCCAGGAUCUUGAUUUGCAGCUGCCAAGACCCAGAAGUGAUCUCCGCCAGCUUGGUUCUGCAGAUGCUUGUGCAGGCCCAGCUGCAGCAACUGGUGCACUUCGUGCGCUUCAGCUCGGAGCUCCGGCAGGCCAAGGUGUCCUGCCCCGUGCUGGUGAUCUUGAGCAAAGCCGCCUUUCUGGACGCCGCCUUUGCGGACUGCAUCGUGUUGCUCUUCGAGCUGCAGUUCCGGAUGCUGCUGAUCAAUGAUAGCACCUUCCAGUUCCCGUCGAACGAGGAGCUCACGCGCAUUGGCAGCCUCCAAGGAGCGCAGGCGCUGGCAGCAUUUCGGGACUUGCUGAAGAUCAUUGCACUCGCUUUGACACCCACCACCAGGAUGGACAUCGUCCACAAGCAAGUGAGCCUGAUUUGCCACCGUUUGGGGGACAUCGAGGAUCGUACGCCCCUUUCUCCGAGUGUUACUCCGGGCAGCCUUGCCAACGACUUGGACAGUGAGGUUGAGCCUGAAUUCGAAGAGCUUGCUGGGAAGCCGAAUGUAGAGACAGGCUAUGUGCACGAGUGUUUCUAA